GGUGCUAGUAGUAAUGUCCAGGAGGCUACUUGUGCGUGACACAUGCGAACUAGUUAGGUCUAAUUCGUGUCAUGCAAAAGGUACUUGACCCAGAAACCUUCAAACGACGCCUUAAAAUCGGAUGUUUUAUCCAAUUUAUCUGACAACACUAAUCUCGUGAGGUGUUCCCUGCGUCACGUUGUCACUGCAAAGCGGAACAGAAAAACAAAGCUAGCUGACUAGCUAGCUAGCUUCCUGUGUCCAACCUCUUAAAAAUAAAUAGGAGCCACAUCUCCAACGAAUGAGCAUUCGAGGUCGAUUUACAACACAUUACCGGUUGGAAUUUCUUUCCCGCAGUGACUGCAGCCGUAUAGUCGGUGCCAAUGCUGUGAACGUGCGCUACUAGCAGCUACGCCAUGUGAAUGAUUGACCUGGAGGAAAUUGUCCUGUACGCAGAGACUGAGCUCACUCUUCAAGAUGUCCGGCGGCAGCUUGCUGAGCAAGGUGCGCUCCGCCUUCAGGAGAGAGCGCGACGACUGGGACAUGAGCAGCGACACGGCGCCCUUCGACUUCUCCGACGAGCUGGUGGAGGAUGAAGCGCCCAAAUUCAACAAGUUGAAGGUGGUGGUCUCGGGCGAGAUGUCGGACUACUCUGCCGGCGCGCCGUCCAACGGCGUGGCGGUCAACACGCUGCUGGUGGCGGGCCGUGAGGAAGACGACGACUCCCUGCUGGACACUUCCUCCAGCCUGGGAAGCCCGGUCUUGAACAUGGAUCCGUGCGACGGCUGCACCAAGAAGCGAGAGGCGACGAAGCAGAGGAAGGUGAUGAAGAGGCUGGUCGUUGCAGCUGUGCUCUACUUUCUCUUCAUGACGGCGGAAAUUAUAGGUGGCUACGUGUCAAACAGCCUCGCCAUCAUGACGGACGCCGUGCACAUGUUAGCGGACGUGGUGGGGAUCCUUUUCUCCCUGCUGGCCCUGUGGCUCUCCACCAAACCACCCACCAAGAGGUUCACCUUUGGACUGCAUCGCCUCGAGGUGAUCUCGGCGGUCCUCAGCGUGACGCUCAUCUACAUCCUGACGGCGAUUUUGCUCUUCGAGGCCGUUCAGAGGACGAUGAAACAAGAUUUCAACAUCGACGGCGACGUGAUGAUCAUCACGGCGGCCGUGGGCGUGGCUGUCAACCUCAUAAUGGGCUUCUUAUUAAACCAAGGUGGUCACCUUCACGCUCACGGCCACGGUGCCCCUCAAGGGACCGCCGCCGCGUCAGGGUCGCACAACCAAAGGCCGCGUGGCAGCCUGGCUGUGCGGGCCGCCUUCAUCCACGCUCUGGGCGACCUCCUCCAGAGCGUCGGGGUUCUCAUAGCCGCCUACGUCGUCCGCUUCAAGCCGGAGUAUAAACUGGCAGAUCCCAUCUGCACCUACAUCUUCUCGGUCCUGGUUCUGUUCACCACAGUCCGCAUCAUCCGCGACACAACGGUGAUCGUGCUGGAAGGGGUGCCCCGACACCUCGACAUCGUGCGGAUCAAAGAGGAUCUCAUGAAGCUGGAGGACGUGCAGUCGGUGGAUGAGCUGAAUGUUUGGGCGCUGACUGCGGACAAGACUGCAGCGCUGGUGCAUCUUCAGCUCACGCCCUCAAGUGCCAGCAACUGGGAGGACGUCCAGGCGAAGGCCCGCCACCUGCUGCUUCACACCUACGGCCUGAGCAGAUGCACGGUUCAGGUCCAGACGCACAGGCCGAGGCCCGCGCGCACCUGCGCGCAAUGUCAGCAGGGCGGCACUUAAACCAGACACUCAUUCCCACUCCUCCGCGGAGCCGCUUGCCGGUGGAAGGCGGGCGGGUGUUGCGCCGCCCUGAAAUAAGGACGGAGCAAGAUCCCGAAUGACACACUCCUGCUGGAGGAAAGGAUUGCUGCCAGUCGUGAGGGCCGAAUACUCUUCAUGCGAUAUUUGCCGACCUUUGACAUGUUCAACUCAGGAACAUGAACCUUCAGCGCAUUGUCUUCGAUCACCAUUAAGGCCUAUUUGUGUUUUACAUUUUUGAUUUAUGGCAACUGGUGAAUAUUUUUUGUUGUUGUUUAGCUUGUAUGUUCCGUUUAAAUAUGGAAAGCCUUUGAGCAUUUAUUCAGUCGUCUUUAUCUAUCUUAAGGUCCAUGUACUCGUAUGCUUUGUUCGCACAAGACAACCCAACGCACUAGUAAAAUGGUCGUGCCUUACCAGUUGUGAUUUUUAUUUUUAUUUUUUUUGUUAUCGCCACGACUGCACGCCACUACUUCAAAUUUCUGCACACUAUUAAAACAAGGCUACUACUGACAUAAAAUUCUACUAGUUAACGUCUCAAGCUGGAUGUCAACUAAUGCAGAAUUUUGCCUCACUGGUAACACGCACUGAUCCUACUAGUGCAGUUUUGCCUCCCAGUAUUUGGACCUUAAGAUAUGGAAUUAAUGCGCAAAGAGCUCACCAGAAACGUCGAGCUGACCCGACUUAGCGCAGCUCGUUGUACUUAUGUUACUCGCCUUUAACUGAAGUCACUUUGUGAUCACCGACGACACUGCAAAACGGACCCGCGCUAAUAUUUCACCUCACUGGUGUUAAAAAACGCGUGAUUGUUUUCGACACUGAUUGCGGCGUUGUAGCCGACUGCGAUGGAGGCUGCUGAACCUCAUCGGGGGAGACAAUUCUGUGACACUUUUGAGUCAAUUCUCCAGUAUUUUGCGUGUUCACAUAUAGCAAAUGUUCUUCGUAGUCGUCAUUGAAUGCCAAGUCUGGAUCACGUGCUUUUUUUUUUUCUUUUUUGUUUUGU